AUGGAACGCGAAGGGCAUCAAGCACAGCAGCGACCACCACCACCACCACAGGGGCGGUCGUCAGAUCCUUCUCUUUCCUCCUUCGCGGUGCCCUCCCCUACGGCGGUCGCGUCCUCCCUGCCGCCACCGCAGCCCCCCAUCGCCCCUCCUUCUCCGUCGCCUGCCGAAUUUCUCAACGAGGUGAAGUCGGAGAUGCGACUGGUGGCACGGCAGCUGCGCGAGGCACAGCAGCAACGAGACGACGUCAUUCUUCUCGAGGACGAGGAGCACGACGCCUCUGCGGAGUUGAUGCAGCUUGACGGCAGGAUUGGCGAGCUAGAGAGGCGCUUUGCGCUGCUGCGGUUGUCACAGGCAACGCUGCUGCGCCGUCCUACCCCGGUCGCCACCCCGCUCCCCUCAGCCGCGUCGUCGCUGAUGGGCUCGCCACGCACGGUGUCCGCGACAAACGUGAGCAACAGCACCAGCUUUACGGGUGCGCCGCCGUUGUGCUACGCGACAGCGGCGACAACGCCAUCGACGACAUCGGUAAUGGGAGCCGUCAACGACGUGAACAGAAACGCUAGCUUUGGCACAUCGCUUCGUAGCGGCAUCCAUGAAGGAGAACAGUUCCAGAACAGCAAUAAUUCUCCUUAUUCGUUCACGAGCACUGCGGUGGCGGCCGGCGAUCCGUCGCGUGCGGUGCCGUCGCUGCCGGCGCUUGCCUGGUCGUCUUCCACCACCGCCUCACCUGCCCUCAACGGCGCAACGACGUCUUCCUGGUCUACGGCCCUCGCCCAAUACAACGCAAACAACAGCAGCAGCAUGAACUGUAAUACCAACUACACAGGGGCUAAUGGAAACGGCUUUGAGGGCAGCGGUGGCGGCAGUAAUGAUACUAUGGGCGAGGCUUCUGCCCCCUACACACGCAAAGGGUUUUCCUGGGAGGUGUACGAGCAGCAGGUGGACCUGGACGCGCUGUCACGCGAUGCCCUCUCCCGCACCGCCCACGUGGAGUUGCCAGUGAACCCGACACAGCAGUACGGCGGCGAGCGCUUUCCGUGGUCGACCGAGCUGCGGCGCAUGAUGCGCGAGGUCUUCGGCCUGCACGACUACCGCUUCUGCCAGCUGGAUAUCAUGAACGCCUGCAUGGAUGCGCGGGACGUCUUUGUGCUGCUGCCGACCGGUGGCGGCAAGUCCCUGUGCUACCAGCUCCCCGCCCUCAUGCCGAACCCUGCCCAGGUCACCAUCGUCAUUUCCCCGCUGAUUUCACUCAUCCAGGAUCAGGUGUACGCGUUGAUUGCAAAUGACAUCCCGGCCAUGGCGCUGACCGGCCAGACAAACGACGCAGCCCGGCGCAGUCUCUUUCAGGAGUGGGCCGCCGGCCGUGUGCUGCACACCCUUGUCUACGUCACUCCCGAGUACUUUGGACGGAGCGACCACUUCAUUGGGACGCUGCAGAGCCUGGCGGGUCAAGGGCUGCUGUGCCGCUUCGUGAUUGAUGAGGCGCACUGCGUGUCGCAGUGGGGUCACGACUUUCGCCCCGACUACCGCAAGCUGUCCGUGCUGAAGAGCCAGUUUCCAUCCAUCCCGAUCACCGCCCUGACGGCCACCGCGACGGACUUCGUCCAGCAGGACGUGAUCAAGACCCUCGCCCUCCGCGACGCCAUCAUCUUCAAGGGCUCGUUUAACCGGUCCAACCUGAAGUACUCCGUGCAGCACGUGCAGGGCAAACAGGUCAUCGCCGUCGUGGAGGACUUGGUGCUGCACCGCUUCUCGCCCAGCUCGUGCGGCAUCGUCUACUGCCUCUCGCGGAAGGACUGCGAGGAGAUGGCGUCGGCGCUCGUGCGGCGUGGCAUCAAGGCCUCCUACUACCACUCCGAGGCCUCCGCAAAGAACGAACGGCAGGAGCAGUGGACGCGGGAUGAGCUGCAGGUGAUCUGCGCGACCAUUGCCUUUGGCAUGGGGAUUAACAAGCCCGAUGUUCGCUACGUCAUCCACGCGGCGAUGCCGAAGUCGAUUGAGGGCUAUUACCAAGAGAGUGGCCGUGCGGGACGGGACGGGCUGCCGUCGGACUGCGUGCUGCUGAGCGCGACGACGGACCGGCAGCGGCAGGAGCGGCUGAUCCACGGCUCGAAGGACUGGCGGGCCUCGUUGACCUCGCUGCAUCGCAUGCUGUCGUACACUCUGAAUGACGUGGACUGUCGCCGACGUCAGCAGCUCGAUCACUUCGGCGAGGCGGUCGAUGUGCAUUUUUGUUUGACGCAGCGUGCGGCGGAGGAGGCGGCGGGGGUGCGUGGACCGGCCGCCACCAGCGUCACGCAGCUGUGCGACAACUGCGCCAGCAAGCUGGCGGAGGGCUGGGCUGUGAAGGAGGUGAACGUGAACUCGAUUCUGAUAGAUUUGUACGCCAUCGUGCAGCGUCUCGGUGCGCUGACGGCGAAGCAGCUCCUCGGCGUGUACCGAGGCGCGGUCUCUGAGAUAGGGCGGGCGGUGGAGGCACGUAUGCGGGUGAAGGGGACACCAUCGGAAUACAAGAACGGUGGGAAGCAGCCCAAGACACUGCUGGAGCGCGCGCUCCUACAAGCGAUGCAGCUGGGGUUAUUUGAGGAGCGUCUGGACAGCGUUAACGACUUCGCCGUGUGCGCCUUCGUCGAGCUCGGUGGCGGCCCGGCGGCGCAGCAGUUGUAUCGAGAUAUCAAAGCAGGGAAGCGAGUCAUCGUGGUGCGCACACGCGGUGAGAAGGCUCCAUCAGGCAAGGGUGAUAUGAGUCUUGGCAGCAACGACAUCAACGGCGUAGUAGCGGCGGCGGUGGCGGCAGGGGCAAAGGAAAACAGCAUCACCGUGGAGGCGUUUGCGAACGCGCGGGCUGGUCGGACGCUGCGCCAGAAAUUAAUGCCAGCGGUGCCCGCCACCGCCGCUGAGGACAACGUACCGCUUUCUGUGCUUUUUGAGGGGGCUCCGGGUUCAUUCGGCAACGCAUGCGACGCCCCGACAUCGAGAGCGAAGGGAGCGACGGCGGCAAGGAAGACGAAGUCUGCCGGGACGCGCCGCGGCGGAGGCUACGUGCUGGAUGAGGCAGAUGCCGACGGCGACGCGGUCUCCUCUAUCGACUCCGACAGCGACGCGGAGGCUGACCUGAGCAACAUGUCUAGCUUCAUCAAUGAUGACAGCACUAGCGUCAGCAACAGCAGCAACAUCACCGACUUCUCCACGCCAGCUGCGUCGUCGCACAACACAACCCCGCGGCGAGAAACGGACACGGGUACGGCGAUGCGUCGAGCACAGGCACUGGCGGGGUCUCGCUUACCCUCUCUGAACGACCGGGCUUCUACUACUUCUGGGCAGCUGCCCAACGCCUCCAUGCGCCGCGCCAGCGACGGCGACCCCAACUCAUCUGGCCAGCAGCCCCGCAAGCGAUCGCGCAAAGAAAAAGCCGGCACGUCAGCUGCAACGGCGGCACCUGCGUCGACGGUGCCGGCGGCGCGCCUGGAGCGGUUGAAGGUGCUUCUCCAAGAGGAAAUGGAGCAACUCGUGCAGACACUCGUGGGGCAGUCCGUCGGCUGCCGCAGCUACAACGUCAUGCCGAAGAGCACCAUUCUGCGCCUCACCGACACCUUGGCGGUGCCGCGGUGGGGCACGGUGGAUGACCUGAUGGACUUGGAGGGUAUGGGAAAGAACAAGGUGAAGCGCUACGGCGCGGACAUUCUGCGUGUCUACCGCCGCUUCCGCUACCUGCACAUCGGCGACGUGAAUGAGCUGACGGAGCAAGAGGCGGCGGAGUUGAAGGAGGUGAAGACGGCGGUGCGGCCACGUCAUCGCCUCGUCCGUGGCAGCGAGCUCGUCGUGGAGGAAGUCGUGGAGGAGGACAACAGCAACGGCACCCCACGGGCGUCGUCCUCGGGGCUGCAGCCCAUCAGUGGCAGCGACAGCCGCAAUGGUAGCGUUGCUGCGACAGCGGGCGUGCUUGCCAUGGCUGGUGUGGCGGGGGUGACGCAUCACCUUGCGCAGCCGUCCAUCUUACUCGACCCCACCACCCCCGAUAAGACAAGGACGGCGUCCAUCUCGACGGCCGGCACGCCAUCGCAGCCGCACGGCGGUCCCCUGGGCCGCUCCCCUGGCAGCGGUGUGGUGGUCGACGACGCAGGGCCGCCCCAGGCACCACCGCGGCGCACCACCUUCACGUUUUCAACAACGAGCAAGCCAGCCGAUGGCGCUGGCGGUGGUGGCGCUAACGCCGCUGUCGAUGCAGGCGCACCGUCGACGUCAUCGCUCGUACGUCCUUCGCUGCAGGUGCCGCACAUCAACGUGGCUUCCUCAGCUGCUGCUGCUGUGUUGCCCCACACGGUAGACACGCUCGACAACCUCACCUAUGAUCCGUCUAUGUCGGCACCGGCGACUGCAUCGGCGGGCCGAGCACCCACGGCGAUGGCGGUGAGAGGCGAUGGAAGCGGUGCGGCGCGGUCCCUUGUGUUUAGUACCACGUCUCCUCCGUGGUCACAGCAGCAGCAGCAAGUGCCACCACAGCAGAAUCAUUUUUCCACUGCGUCGGUGUCGAGAGGACUCCCCGGCGCUCCCGUGCAGUUUUCCGCUCCCCUGCUUCCCGAGCCGCCGACGUGGCCCAGCACGUUGGGCGCGAUCUCCUCCAACCCAUUCGCUGCUGAUGCUGCUGCUGCUGCUGCUGCUUCGGUGGCGGUGACGCGUGCACAUGUACACCCCAACAUGGACCUCCUUACACCGUACACCCCGGUUCCUUUACUCAACCAACAAGGGCAGACGAUGGCGGGGGACGUCGUCGUGCCGCCGCCACCGGUGGGUGCCACAACGUACGGGUACCCCAGCGGUGACCCGAGUUUGGCGGACACGCUGCGUGGCGGCGGCGGCGUCCCUCUCAACGUUGGACACACACCUGCUUUCGCGGUUCUCGGCGAUGCGCCGCAUCAUCGAACGGCACCGAGCAGCACCAACAAUAAUAUCAACACCGAUGAGCUGCUUAUUGGCAGCAGUCCGAUGCCCACCCAACAGCAACGCCAGCAGAGUCACAACGUCGAGAAGUACGGAUUGCAUGGCGCUGGCCCCAGCGAUUCCACUGCCGCACACGCCGAGUCGGUAAUGCUGCUAGGCUCCGACGGUGCCACUCAGGCACCGCUGUUACCAUCGCCCAGCAGCUUCAUCCCAUCGGCAAGUAAUGGCAGCGACAACAACGGCAGCAAUUACGUCGGCACUGAGCUGGCAGUGCAGGGCGGCAACGCAGCUGCUGGGAGAGGAAGAGUAGGAGGGGACGCCGACACGAACAGCGUGGACUUUCUCAUGAAUUUAUGCGAUGAUGCGCAGCUACGAACUCCCCUGAGCGGCAGUGGCGGUCAGCCAUCGCCGAGUCGGCUGCCGCCCCAACGCCUCUACAACUAUCACUAUCACCAGAACAACGCAACGAGGGAGAAUGGGAGCGGCAGCGUACGCGGUGCGGCGCCCCAGUCAGAUCGUCUGAACACGAGCGGUGCCGCCGUCCCUACCUCGCCCUCGCCCCUCUGCUCUACGGGGACGGACGAGGAGGCGAUGUCGUCGUCGGAGCGGCUGCUGUUUCAAACCGGUACUCCACAGGCGGCAGGGUCAGCCAAGCCAACAUCGCAAAGGACGAAGAGAGGCAGCGGGGAUCGGUUGGAGGUGUUUACGGUGGACGACGACUCCGAAUGA